AUGAGCCUCACCACUGCUAUAAAUUCCGUUUAUGCCUCGAUGAGCCUUGUACUAAUCGUUCUGGAGCCUUUUCAGUCUUCCCUCUUCCAUCAAGGCUUGGAUUUAGGAGUUUUCAAUUCGUUUAGAUCCCUGUUGAUUAUUCUUUGUUGCCCCAAUCAGAUGCAGAUCUUUGUUAAAACUCUCACUGGCAAGACCAUCACCCUCGAGGUGGAGUCUUCGGACACGAUCGAUAACGUAAAGGCCAAGAUCCAGGACAAGGAGGGAAUCCCUCCCGACCAGCAAAGGUUGAUCUUUGCCGGUAAGCAACUUGAGGACGGACGCACCCUCGCAGACUACAACAUCCAAAAGGAGUCGACCCUCCACCUCGUGCUCCGGCUUCGGGGUGGCAUGCAAAUUUUUGUCAAAACCCUAACUGGCAAGACAAUCACCCUCGAGGUUGAAUCCUCGGAUACCAUAGACAACGUCAAAGCCAAGAUUCAGGACAAGGAAGGCAUCCCUCCGGACCAGCAAAGGAUGAUCUUUGCCAGCAAGCAACUGGAGGACGACCGCACCUUGGCUGAUUACAAUAUCCAGAAGGAAUCUACCCUUCACCUUGUCCUACGUCUUCGUGGUGGCAUGCAGAUCUUCGUCAAAACCUUGACCGGUAAGACAAUCACCCUCGAGGUGGAGAGCUCCGACAUUAUUGACAAUGUAAAGGCCAAGAUCCAGGACAAGGAAGGCAUCCCUCCGGAUCAGCAAAGGUUGAUCUUUGCCGGCAAACAGCUCGAGGACGGUUGCACCUUGGCUGAUUACAACAUCCAGAAGGAGUCUACCCUCCUUUUUGCACUUUACAAGUGA